GUUCAGAAUAUCGAAGCAUAUCUGGGCCAAAUCCGUCGGCACAAUACGUCUGGGGCUAAAUUGAAUCUCAUUGUCUCUCUCCGCGACCGUGAGGAGCUACUCGACGAGGCGCGAGCACCUCCUGAAUUUGGGCUGCCCACGACGCCUAAACAUAAUGCGGCGGCAAUAGACGCUGUACGAGAAGACUCCUACGUCCGUAACUGCUGCGCCUUACCAAUCCAGUUGAUUAGUGCCGGCAUGAUUUUGAUGGGGAAGAGCAACCUUUCGGCAACGGCAUCAUUCUUUCAACGGUCUCUAUCCGGGGAAAUGAUAACUAACAAGAUACCAGAGGCAACGUUGGGUGGUCCACUGUUGGCGGGCAAGGUCAAUCACCGUACGUUCCCGGCGGGCUUAAAGAAGGCGAGGCGAUCCGCCGCGAGGUCCUACUGUUCAUCAACUGGCUCCGCCCACGGGGCUGCUGCCGGUUUUAUCCCAAUUGCGAUUGGCACGGAGACGUGCGGGUCAUUGAUCACGCCUGCUGGGCGUGCACGUGUCUACACGCUCAAAAUUACCCCAGGUGCCGCUAAUACUGACGGCAUCUGCAAGAUCACCAUUGCUUGGGAUACCAUCGGUGCCUUUGCCAAGACAAUUCAUGAGGUUGCAGUUGUCACAGGCUUGCUUUUGCAAAAAGACAAAACAGCUACUGUAGACAGCACUCUCACCAACUAUCUACGGAAGGACUUCACUGGACUGAGAAUAGAUUUCGUAGGCCCGGACCUAUGGGCGAUUGAGGAUGAUACCAAGGAAGCCGACCCAAGUUUCCCUGGUGAAAUCAAAGCACAAUUCGAGUUGGCUAUGAAGGGUAUCCGGGAUUUGGGAGGGCAGGUGGUUUAUCCUGUCGAAAUCCCGGCCUAUAAAACAUUCUUUCACAGAGGCGAGCCCCUGCUGGGAUCCAUCACGAAUGCCGAGGUCAAGAUUUGUCUUAACGAAUAUUUUCAAUCUCUUGAAAACUCGACAGUGAAGACCCUUGACGAGGUGAUUGCUUUUAACAAGCAGAAUCCGGACAUGGAGCUCCCACCUGGCAACACGGGCCAGGAAGAUCUAAUUGCUGCAGCGGAGAGUACUGUGAAACCGGACGACCUCCCAUCUCUUCGAGACCUAUUUUAUUCCAAAGCUGGUAAAGAUGGGGCAGAGAAAACGAUUCGGCAGCACAAUUUAGACGUUGUUGUAGCGCCAGUGGAUAGCCCAGCCCAGUCAGUCUCAACAGGUAGCAUGACACCAGCAGCUACAGUACCACUCGGAUAUGCCAAAAUCAAUGGACAUCCGUUUGGGGCUCAGUUGUUAGGGCUACCAAAUACUGAGCCAAAACUUAUCGAGGUUAUGAGUGCCUGGGAGGCAAUAUUUCCUUCUCGUGGAACCCCGGACCUGAGC